AGAGAUCUAGAGAGAGAAACCAAAGGAAUAGAGAGACAGAGAGAGAAUUUUGUAUCUCUAUCUCUUUUUGUUUACAAUGGGCUCACUGGAACACUUGGAUUUGGAAAACGGGGAAUUGCUGAAAAAGGGUAAGGAGGAGAACUUGGCGGUGGGCCGGACGGCCCAGAACAUUUCGGCCUCGCUGGUCCGGAAGAAGUCGGAUCCGAUGCUGGUGUCCAAGGUCCGGUUCCAGAUGGUUCGGGUUUUUCUGGCUAAUAUUCAAGAAGUGAUACUUGGGACCAAGCUUUGUUUGCUCUUCCCUGCCAUUCCUUUGGCAAUCCUUGCUGAGUGCUAUGAGUUUGGAAGACCUUGGGUUUUUGCUCUGAGUUUAAUGGGGCUCACUCCGCUUGCUGAAAGGGUCAGCUUUUUAACAGAACAAAUUGCAUACUACACUGGUCCAACAGUUGGAGGGCUACUUAAUGCAACAUGUGGGAAUGCCACAGAGCUGAUAAUUGCAUUAUUUGCUCUUUACCAAGGGAAAAUCCAUGUGGUGAAAUACUCUCUUUUUGGCUCUAUCCUCUCAAACCUCCUCCUUGUUCUUGGCUCCUCUCUCUUCUGUGGAGGAUUGGCAAACCUCAAAAAGGAACAAAGAUUUGACAAAAAGCAGAGUGAUGUGAACAUGCUCCUUCUAUUGCUUGGGUUGCUUUGCCUGCUGCUGCCAUUGAUGUUCAGAUAUGCUGUUGAACCGGGCUCGCUAGCGGCCGGUUCAAUUCUUCACUUGUCCAGAGCAAGCAGCAUAAUGAUGCUUCUUGCAUACUUUGCCUAUCUCUUCUUCCAACUGAAAACCCACAGGCAAUUGUUUGAAACCAAUGAGGAGGCGGAUGACAGUGAUGAUGGGCUGAUUUCUGAAGAGAAGGCUGUGAUUGGAUUUUGGAGUGCAUUUGUUUGGUUGGCUGGCAUGACUGUUGUCAUUGCUUUGUUAUCUGAGUACAUUGUGGAUACUAUUGAGGCUACUUCAGAUUCAUGGGGAAUUUCAGUUAGCUUUAUAAGUGUAAUAUUGCUACCAAUAGUGGGGAAUGCCGCAGAACAUGCUGGAUCAAUCAUAUUUGCUUUCAAGAACAAGUUGGAUAUAACAUUGGGUGUUGCUCUGGGCUCUGCAGCUCAGAUUUCAAUGUUUGUGGUUCCCUUGUGUGUGAUUGUUGCAUGGAUACUGGGUGUCCAUAUGGAUCUUGACUUCAGCCUCCUAGAGACUGGUUCCCUGGGUUUUUCAAUUAUCCUCACAGCCUUCACUCUCCAGGAUGGAACCUCACAUUACAUGAAAGGGAUUGUUCUGUGUCUUUGUUAUGCAGUUAUUGGCGCGUGCUUUUUUGUCCACCAAAUUGUACUUGAUCAAAAUGUUGCCUCUGGAGCUUUUGCCGCUUAAUCGGCUACUUCUUCCUUAUUGAUUCCCGGUUAAAUAUUAUCCAGUGCGGUAUGGUCAUUCGUUCAUUCAAUUAGGCGUCUCGAUUCCGGAGACUAACACAAGGAAUUGUUGAUUUGUAUGUUGAGGACUUGUGGUGCAUGGAAUUCAAAAGCAGCGGAUAAGGAGAUGAACUCCCCUUGAUUUGUACUUGGGUUUUGGUUGGUGGUAUUGGCAAUAAAAUGUAAUGGCAUUGGAGAUAUGUACUCAUAGCCUGUGUUGAGGUACAUGCCAUUACUUCAUCUGUUUGUAAUAAUUUGAUCAGAAAUAAACAAAGCUGAUCAUUUUGGAUUUGAA